AUGUCUACCAAUCGAACUCCAGGGUCAUCUUUAAACUUUACGAACCUUACCAAAAGAAAGCACUCGCCCGCCUGCUAUUGCUGCUUCGAAAAGUCUUCCAAGAUCCAAUGUACAUCUUGCAAUUCCGCAUUUUACUGCUCCACUACAUGCCAGGACAAAGAUACAGAGUUCCACAAAGUCAUCUACCAAGGAAGCUCUGACUUUCAAAAGCAAAACCCGAAGCCCGUAUCGCAUCUCGGCAUCUUGCUUCCGAAUCAUGAAUUAGUUCCAAAGUUCGUCUGGCUUAGAUUCCACAGGCACGAAGACCAAACGGGUGCAUGGGAGCAACCUGAUACACCAGAAUACAUCCCUCGAUCCCAGUUACACGGCGGAAAAAAUGUCAAGAGCAUAGGAGACAUGAGGGAGUUUUGCCAUGCGAAGUUCAGCAAAGCCAGGGUUGAUCGGUCCGCUACGCUUUCCAUAUUCAAAGGUGCCAGCAAAACCAUCGUUGAUCAGCUUGGCCUUGAACUCCAAUUCUACGCAUAUGACUCUGGCAUCACAUAUAGCUCUGGCUUGAGCGAACACAAAGACGAGCAAGGCAAUCCAUGGUGUUACUCUACAAAUUACGAAAUCUGCAACCUGCUUGUAGAAGCCGACCCCGAGCUCACAGGAAUGGGGUAA